AUUUCUAUCUCUUUCUUUUUCUUCCAUUUUCACAUCCAAAACACAACGCCUCAGUUUAUGGAAGAUCAGUUUCCCAAAUUAGAUACCUUCUUACCCAAGGAAUGGCUUCCUUAUGCUCAUGCCUUAAUGGGGUCGAAAUCUUUGAGGAAUCCCGUCAUUUGGGAUGCUCAAUCCGGGACUGUCUACCACGAAAAUGGCACUAUGGGAAGUGUUAGUGGUUUGCAAACAUCUUCCUCGCCAUCAUCACCUGAUAGGCUGCUUUCGAACUCCGCCAGUUCGAGUUCUUCAGCAGAUCAUGAUCAGGCUACUGCAGGAGGCAGUUUGGUGACUAACACUCCUGGAUUCAUUAAACAGGAUGGUCUGUCAGGAUUCUGUUCAGUUCUUGAUGUUGUGCCUGUGAAUUUCCUAGAGUCGUUUCCGAAACUAAACCAGGCUGCUCCAGUUUCGAAACCACCUUGUCCUCCUUCUUCACUUGCAAAACUCCCAAACUUGACUCUAGUUUUGCCUGAACCCGCCAUGUUAGAUCCGUUACUGCAGGGAGAAAAGCCAGUUCUGUCUCAAAAUCCCACAUAUAAUAUGUCCCAAACAGGACAACAGGACGACCACCAAUGGCACAUCCUGAAUCAGAAUUCUGGGAAGUACCAAUCCAAAACUUGGCUCAGCUCCACCAAGACACAGCAAAUGAAGUACGCAGGGAGGAGAUUACAAAAUCUGAAUCAAAAGGGCUCGUUUUCAUCUCCUGGGAAGCUAUUCAGAGGGGUGAGGCAGAGGCAUUGGGGGAAAUGGGUGGCAGAGAUUCGGUUGCCAAGAAAUAGAACAAGGGUUUGGUUGGGGACUUUUGACACGGCAGAGGAUGCUGCCAUGGCGUAUGACACGGCGGCGUACAUUCUCCGUGGAGAACAUGCAAACCUGAAUUUCCCAGAUCGCAAGCACCAACUCAAGGCCAAUUCUUUGACCGGAGCCACCGCUGCCCUUCUCAAGGCCAAGUUACAGGCAAUAUCACAGGGUAUUUCUGCUGCCAAAAAGACUGAUACCGACAUGCUAUCCACAGAAAAACAGAAAGAUCUUAAGCAGAAUGUAGGAAAAAGAGGUGAUGAAAGGGUGAAUGAGAACAAGAAGAGUCCGGAUGUCAUAUCAGAUGUGGAUUCUGUACAGUUGAGUAGAAUGCCUUCCUUGGACAUGGACAUGAUCUGGGAUGCUCUUUUAGUCUCAGAUUCAUGACACAUACUCUUUUCUUUUUUCAUGUUUUGAAUCAAAGAUACAGAUUAAUGUUUUGCAUUUUAGUUUGAUGUUAAAUUCUGUGUAUUAUGCUUUAUUGCUUAUCUAGAACUAGUUGAUUGUUAAUUAACCAAAAUGCUUAUU